GUUGACGGUGAGUCUUUGGUAGUCAUCACUCACCAGACGCGCGCCAUAUCUACUUUCUCCACCACCAAACAAAACCGAAACCAUACUCCCCACGAGCCUCCCAAGUGAUCAGUCUCGAUCUCCUCCUUCUCCAAUGGCAAUCACCUUCUCCAGCUUCUCUCUUCCCUCACUGACCCACCGCAACCACAACCACGCCUCACCCCAAACCUUCAACAUCAUCACCCGCCGCUUCACAACCGCCGCCACUUUCAACUCGUUCUCCCCCUCUCUUACCUGCACUACUAACUAUCCCAAGCCGACCGUCAUCUACUCCACCGGAAACGGAAGCGGAGGAGGCAGAGGAGGUGGAGGAGGAGGAGGAGGAGGAGAUGGUGGUGGCGGUGGUGGUGGUGAUGAGUCGGAAGACCGUGACAAGAACAGAAGAGAGGCGGUGAUGGCGUUGGGAGAGGCGGGGAGGUCGGUGGAGAGCGUGGACAAGGACUUGGCAGCUGCCAUACAGGCCGGAAGAGUGCCGGGGUCGAUUGUGAAGAGGUACUUUGAGCUGGAGAAGUCGGCGGUCUUCCGGUGGUUGCUUCAGUUUGGAGGGUUCAAGGAGCGGUUGCUAGCCGAUGAUCUGUUCUUGACCAAGGUUGGCAUAGAGUGUGGCGUUGGGAUCUUCACCAAGACUGCAGCAGAGUUGGAGCGGCGUAGAGAAAAGUUCACCAAGGAACUGGAUUUUGUCUUUGCUGAUGUGGUGAUGGCCAUUAUAGCAGAUUUUAUGCUCGUCUGGCUUCCUGCUCCUACCGUUUCUCUCCGUCCACCUCUUGCAGUCAGUGCCGGAUCUGUUGCUAAGUUUUUCUAUGGCUGCCCUGAUAAUGCAUUUCAGGUGGCUUUGGCAGGAACAUCUUAUUCAUUUUUACAGAGAAUAGGUGCAAUAGUGCGUAAUGGAGCCAAACUAUUUGCAGUUGGGACUGGCGCAUCUCUGGUUGGUACGGGUAUAACAAAUGCAUUGAUUAAUGCACGAAAAGCUCUUGAUAAAUCGUUUGCCGGUGAAGCAGAGGAUGUGCCUAUAUUAUCAACCAGUGUUGCAUAUGGUGUCUAUAUGGCAGUUUCUAGCAACCUAAGGUACCAAGUACUCGCCGGUGUAAUUGAACAACGAAUCCUGGAACCCUUGCUGCACCAGCACAAGAUUAUACUGGGUGCUAUUUGCUUUGUUGUUCGAACUGGCAACACAUUCUUGGGGUCAUUGAUGUGGGUGGAUUACGCACGCUGGACUGGAAUCCAAAAGAUUCGGGACUAGUGCAAAAACUCAGUUGCAUCAUUGUUAUAAGUAAAUUUUAUAUUUGAAUGGGUAUCUUUCUUGUGGAAUCGCAGAGGACGAUGGCAGAUCAAUUUGGGUGUAAAUUGUAUAUUCUGUGGCAAAAUUCUGGCUGUAAAUUGUCUUAGUUAAUGUUAUAGGCAGCUAGAAUUUGCUUGUAUUCCUGAAUGUCAGUCACUAGGGGACAACUGCAGAAAAAUUCAACUAGUAACAAGUAGAUGCCACAUUGUAUAUAGAGUGGCAUUGUAUGAACUACGCAGAUUGAAGGUUUAAUAUUAUUUGUUAGAUUGGUGGUGUUCGAA